CACUGGGUUGUAUAUAUGUAUCUUUUCUCUCUCACAGAUGCGGGUCAGAAUGAAGGUCGACCUCUUCAUGUGUCCCAUAACUCUGUAAUAGGAUAUGUCAUCAACGUGGAUGAAGAAGGAAACGAGACAGAUUUAAUUGGAAUAAUUGGCACAGAUGAUGAGAUUUCAGACAGUGACUUUGAGAGGUUCAAAGAGGAGACAAGAGACAAAGGGAUUCCAGAAGAAAAUAUUGUGAAUUUCAUCGAUAAUGAUGACUGUCCAGAGGAGUGAACAAAAGUGACAUGGAUACAGACACUUUUGAGCAGUCCCUGAGACGAGACACGUCCUCAUCUCUAUGGAGUCUAUGUCAACAACAUGAAGACGACCUUCUUGGUACAUGAUGAACAUGAUCCUUCUCUCUUCACACUCACACUCCCUCUCCCAUCUCAUCUCUCCUUGUCACUAAAUCACGUCCUGUCUGGUGGUGUUUGAUUUCUGGGGGUUUAAAUAGACUGCUUUAAUUUUUGCCCUGCA